ACAUAUGUUCUACGGGGAACCUAGUCUUGAACGGAAACCUUAUUGUGGAAUUCUUGGGGUGCUUUGGGGGUGAAACAACCCUUUCAGCGAUGGCCUUUGUGCCAAAACAGUGUCUCACAAGUGCGCUCGUGAGGAGUAUGGUGUUUCCCUACCUCAGAGUGUGGAAGUCUUCACAUGUCGAUCAGAUUGACUGCUUCACGAACGAAUUGGUGGAGAAGCAGAAUUCCCAGUGGAGAAUUAGCAUGAAUAACAUUGAGAGACACUUGCAGGAGGAGAUAAAGUGCCUGAAGAACAACCAAAAGGUCACAGUGAGACACACACAGCUCGAAAUCAACGUCCGGAAUCUGGAUGAGUGCCAGUUGAAGCAACUCUUCGAGGCCACAAUUGAACAGGAUAAUGCCAAAGAUUUUGAUGUUCUGCUUCAGGAAGUUAUCAAUUGGCGAAGAAGUUACUUAGAAGAUACUCUCAGUGAUAUUCUGGAAAUGAUCAUUGUGUUAGAGAAUAGGAAUUUCUUUGAGAAAUUGCGAGAUUUCUGCGAGAAAACUCACCCUGAAGUAUUCACUAUGCAGGAAGUCCGGUUGCUAUGGAAGGAAGGAAACACUGACAAGGCUUUGGAGAUGUUGCGGAAGGUGUAUGAGGAAAUCACGCCAAACAGACUGACUGAAGCUCGUCGAAUUAUACGAACUUUCUCCAGAGAAACUGUGGGCAAAAAGAGUGAAGCUGUUCUUGUGUCUCUCAUCAAACUUGCAGAGGAGAUUUCGAGCUUGUCUGGUGAUUGUUUCCCUCUCAACACCUUGUGGCAUGAUUGCUUCUUUAGCCGAUUCUUCAGUGAUCAGCAAAUUGGCAUCAAAUUGUUCCGAGAACACUGUUCAAUUCAGAAUUUCCUUCAGCAACGACUUAAGAUAAUAGUUUUCAAACUCCUUCAGAAGCAUCGUUUGGAGACGGUUUAUCGCCUGAUUGAGUUGCUCCUGGACCCUUCAGUAGACAUGAAAGCCUCUUGCAGAGACGUAUUAUUACUCCUGUUUGAUUAUCAAUUUUGGCGCCACAACUCUGCCGGAUGCUUAGAAAUCAUUCAAUGCUCAGGGGAUUUGGGAAUUCCUUUGGGCCCGGAUUAUGAUAAAAAGUUAGUCAUGCUCUUGAUGACACCAAGGAAGACAGUUGUCCCGCCAAGAGAUAAGGCUGUGUCGAGUAUUCGGUAUAAGUUUUAGAAUGAAUUACAAUAAUUUGAGCUCUUA